AUGAGCCAACUUAUCGCGGCCUCGUGCCAAAUUGGCACAAAUUCGCCAACCGGUGAUGCAGAUCAGUCUCCAAUGUCAAAUAAACUAUUAUGCCCUGUAACAGCUAAGUGGCUAAUGGAAAAUUACGAAGUAGCAGAUGGCGUAAGCUUGGCGCGUAGUGCAAUCUACAAUCAUUACUUGGAUUUUUGUCAAAAGAAUGACCUAACUUCUGCUAAUGCUGCAAGUUUUGGAAAAAUCAUACGUCGGAUAUAUCCACAGGUCAAAAAUAGAAGAUUGGGGCAACGUGGGCAAUCAAAAUUCAACGACCAGUUAAAUGAUGAUCCUUCGGCUGAAGGACUACUAGUUUUGCCCAAAUCUGUCAUAGAUGAUGUAGUACGUAGUCAUGAUGCUAUGCUUCCUGAAUUCCCUAAUGCUGGUGAUUUAAAUUUACCAGAUUUGGAGAUUCGAGAUAAGAUUGAAACCUUCUUUAUAUUGUAUCGAGCGCACUGCCAUAAAUUAUUGGAUACCGUGGUGUGUGGCAAUCUUAGACAAAUUCAAGAGAUUAUUUCUCAUUUUUGGCACGAUUUGCCUCCGCAAAUGACAGAUGUUUUACACUGUCCACCAGCAAGUGAUCUCAUAUGUAUUUGUGAUAUGAUUUUGUAUAAAAGUAUUGGUCAUAUUUUAGUUCCUGGAACGUUAGAUGCGAUUGCCGUCAGUCUGACGCGGGCCAUAAGAAAUUUUGCGCAUCAACUUGAGGAUUGGAUUGUGUCCGGUUUAAGUGGAUAUGCGCCCCAAUAUUUAAUUGAUUGCAAGACAAACGUUGCUUAUACAUUUAGCAAGUCACUACAUCGGUUAACUUCAUUAGCUCACUUGGCUCAGGCGGCUCGUAACGAACUUGGCACUGCUUCAGUGUUAGAAAGUAUGAUAGCGGAUUGGGAAAUAGUUGACGAACAAAGAGUUAUUUUUGAGACAAUAUGGAUGUAUUCUCAUGAUAAGACAGAUAUAAUGGCUGUAGCUAUUGGAAAAAACUUGCAUAUAUUUAAAGAUUUAUUAUCGAAGCGUGCAGCAAUCGAAGAAUAUAUCAGUUGGCUAAGCGCUAUUGUCAAUGAUUGUGUUUUCUCGAAAUCCAAUGAUCGAAAAGUAAUAAAGAAAGCUGCAGAAGAAUUUAUUUUGACUUGGUCUUUUAUAUCAUCCUUAGUCAUUCGAGAUUUUACUCUUCGUAGUGCUGGAAGUUUUGAUGACUAUGUUUUGGCUUUAGAUCGUUUUGGUGAUAUUCGAAAAUGUAACCCCGUGAAAGAUGCUUUCAUAUGGUCGCAUUUGCCCGUUAUCCAAAGUAUUUAUUCUAAGCGCGAUAGUAGCAAUUGUUGCUAUGACAGUUUUGGGGGCACCACUAAUAAAUCAUUCAAAAAAGCGAGAUUGGCAUCUGACCCAUUAUCAUCAAAAAGCUCAGUGCAAGGACGAUAUCAUAGUCGGUCUCGAGGCAAUAGCAAUGCCUGUAGUAGCAAAGGAUAUAAAUCAUCGGCUUUUCCGGCGAAAUCUGGUAUGCAAUCAGAGAAAUUAUUAGACAUUGUCAAAAAUUUAUCAGCUCGUGUCCAAAAGAGAAAGUCAGAUCAUACUAAGAAAGAUCCUUCUAAUAAAGAGAAAGUACCUACUGGGCCUACUUCACUGUUUUGUGACUCGACAACGUCAUCGUAG